AUGACGUCAUCAUGCCCACCGAACUCCUUUAUUCUAGAGUCUCUGCAAUCAGCUGACUCCAAUGCCUUGGGCGCUCAGCUGCAUCGCUAUGGUGGCCUUCAGCCAGCAGGUGCGUUCGCCCAGCCAUUGGGAACCCGACGUCUGCGCGCAAGCACAGCACACGCCCUACUUUAUGACCAAACUCACGACAAUCCUUCGCCAAUGGAGCGGCACUCGUUAUUCGAUUUCCUUCCACGCGCUGGCCUUGUCGCAAUGGGUUGUUGCGCCACGGGCUCAGUGCGCGGCUAUGAUGAACUAGUACCACAUCACAUCAAUGUAGUCACAGAGGAGCGGCUAUAUUCCACCUGGGCCGAAGCUUCACAGUCUUCGAAUGCUGAAAAUCCUGCUUCCGGGAAUACCGGCAUCGUCUGCGCCAAAGGCGUGCUUAACCGCCUACAUCAGUGGAUGGCAGCAGAGCGAUACAUUGAGACGUUCGUCGACCAGGUCUGCUGUCACUUCCCAAGCAAUGCAUAUAGCUUUUUAAUUUAG